AUGUUUGCCGUUUGGUUGUUGGUGCUGCUUCCGGACCACGCUCAGUCCUACGUCUGUACCCACUGGAACAGGCGAGUCUAUCCGAUGACCAAGGAAAUCGAAUUGUACCUCGGAGGAAUGUUUUCAAUCGGCGGAGCGGACGACUACGGUACGAAUGCCGACGGAUUAUGGCCGUCCAUGCAAUUGGCUCUUUUGGACGUUAAGAACCACCCGUGCGUCUUAAAGGGCUACAACCUAUCGAUAGAAAUCCGAGAUACGCGAGUAAGUACCCUCGAAUGUGUGUCAACUGGCAUUCAUAAAUAA